GAUGUCUCGCCGGAGCACAACUGAUCGUUCAGACUUCAACGAUAAUGCUUCGAAUGCUUCUUCAAAUGCUUCUCGAAGGCCAACAAUAAAUUUUCAAGAAAUAAUGGAAGAUCUUCCGCACCACGAAAGAGAAACCGGCGAACGUCUUCGCCGUCAUCUCCAAUUCUUUUUUAUGAAUCCAAUGGAGAAAUGGAAAGUCAGACAUCAACUGCCCUAUAAGUUGGUUCUACAAGUGCUCAAAAUAGUUUUCGUUACCAUGCAAUUAAUUUUAUUCGCGGAAAUGCGCAUGUCUCAUGUUGAUUUUCUCGAAGACACCACAACAGUUAUGAGACAUCGAUUUUUAAAAGAAUGGAAUGACGACAGAGAUGCAUUACAAUAUCCACCAGCUGAAGGAAGAUAUUCGGUUUAUGAUGAUCAAGGAUUAUCCGAGCAUUUGAGCUUUUUGAUUAAUUCUUAUUAUUCAAUUCGCAAUGAUUCAUUUGCUUCAUUUUCCUAUGACGUUGUAAGUCAUCCAUCUGGAAAUCUUGGCGCUCAAAUUAGUUUUGAAUCUAUUCCACCUAUUGAAGUUCUUAUCGAUCGAAUUUCCAACGUAACAGUGAACAAUAACACUUAUAAUUUCGACAUUCGUGAAGUGAAAGACACGAAACGUCUGAAUCUAACAGAAACGGAAGUCUUCCAAAUCGGACAAUCCGAUGAUGCUGUUCGAGAUAUUCUCGCCACUCGUGGAAUCACAUUUCUCCCAGAAGACGCGCUCAAGAUAUCGACGGUCCAAUUCAAAUUUCGACUACGAACAAUUCAUUAUUCACCAACAGCCGGAGAUCAGAAACCAGAAUGCUAUAAGAUAUCAGUUUCUAUCAAAUUUGAUAAUUCAAGGCAUACAGGACAGGUUCAUGUCACUCUAUCAACUGUGGUUUCUUAUGUGAAUGUUUGUAAUGGAAGGAUCAUCAAAGGUGUUGGAUGGUCAUUUGACACACUUUUAAUCGGCGGAACCGAUAUUUUCGUUCUCAUUCUUUGCAUUCUAUCACUGAUUCUCUGCUGCCGAGCCCUCAUCAAAGCCCAUCUACUUCAAAUCAAAACAAGCGACUAUUUUGAGAAUGUACUCAAAAAUAAGAUCACCGUUACCGAUCAACUCGAUUUUCUGAAUUUGUGGUAUGUGAUGAUUGUGGUCAACGAUGCGCUUAUUAUCAUUGGAACUGUUGCAAAAAUAUCCAUCGAGUUUCAGUUCAACAAAAAUACUUUUACUACAAGAAAUGAUUUCGACAAUUCCCUCUUCACGCUAACUUCGAUUUUCCUCGGAAUGGGAGCUUUGCUGGUAUAUGUCGGAGUUCUUCGAUAUUUUGGAUUUUUCAGUCAAUAUAAUAUCCUCAUGCUCACGCUCAAACGAUCGGCACCCAAUAUCAUGCGCUUCAUGACGUGUGCCAUUGUACUUUACGCUGGUUUCUUGAUUGCCGGAUGGGUUAUUAUUGGCCCGUACAGUAUGAAGUUCCGUACACUGGCAGAAUCAUCGGAAGCUCUAUUUUCGCUUCUCAACGGUGACGAUAUGUUCGCCACGUUUUACACUAUUAAUGAUUCCAAUACAGUUAUCAAGGUAUUUGGGACAGUGUACAUCUACCUAUUCGUGUCACUCUUUAUCUAUGUAGUAUUAUCACUGUUCAUUGCAAUUAUCAUGGAUGCAUAUGAAGUCGUCAAGGAUCGCUACUCAGACGGUCUUCGAGCCAUCGAAAAACGUGGAUGUCUUCGCGAUUUCGUGGAAUCGAAUCCACCGCCGUCGGAACUCGGCUCACCGACGACUCGAUCCGCCUACGCACCGUCUAAUCUGCUCAAUCUGGGUCGGUGCGUGCCUGUUGAAGUGACACGAAUCUUUCUCUGUUCAGGCUUUCUACACACUUUUUCAUUUUUCUUACAUUUAUGCACGCCAAACAAACUUGGUUGCUAGUUUUGGUGAUGGUGUUGUGACAGCAGCAACUAACAGCGUCGUGUAGUGGUUUGACAGUACUAAAACAAUCACAAAAGCAUUAAAACAAUUAAAAUAUAGAAUAACAGUCUCUAGAUUACAGUUAGCAUAGUAGCACGUACAAAAAACUAACUAGAUAUUGCAGUUGUUCAUCAGUUCGUUCGAAAACAUUCAGUUUCUCUAAUUUCAGCGGCUGGCAACGACUCGAGUAGAGCUCUUCGUGCUCUUCAUGCCAUUGACAAUGCUCGCGAUUGGCUGAGCAGCUUAAGAGAUGGAACUCGUUUUCAAUCAUUCUCCAACCCGCUGAACGACUCAAAUGAAGAUGUAUUAGCCGACCAAAAUGCCAAUGGAAACGAUCCUCACAAUUCUAGGCCAUCGAAUGUAUAGAGUUUCUCAAUUUAAUUUUCUUUUGUUAUCAAAAACAACUUUGUCUGUAUUUUUGGUCAUCUUCAUUCAUCUUCCAUCCCAUCCGUUUCUUUCUCCUUCCUCUUUCAUAUUUAUUCCCCUCUGAACAACCUACUUAUCAUGUGUAUAUGUGGUGCUAUGUACUUUUGUGAUAUUCUUCUUCCGUUUUGUUCGUGAUUUAUAAUUUGUGAUUUCUUGAGAACUUAAUAAAUUGUAAUUUAUUCAAA